CAAUGCGAUGUGUUUACCAGCAGGAGUAAUGAAACGGGGGAGAGGGGCUUUUUCCGCAGCUCACUGGCGAGACGGCAAAACGCUGCGGACAGACUGAAAAACUUUCGGACGGCGGAUUAAAAAGGUUAAUUGUCUUGUUUUUUUGCAGGGAGGAAGGGGGGCGUCGGUAGCCUUUUAUUCCGUUUCCCCCCCAAACGAAACGUGACUUUGUCGCAGUUCGUUGGAAGUGAUUUACUGGGCAAUGGUGAAGAAGCAGAACAGAUUUUGCGGAAUUCUCGCCUUCACCUGUGUUUUCCUCCCAAACUUCACCCCGGAUAGGGAACGCUGACUUCAAUCUCGUUCAUACCCCGAAGUGAAUUAGCCAGAGGGGCUUCAGCUACUCUGCAGCAUUACAGCCUUCAAUAAUGUUGGGGCCAACACACCACAACCGGCCCCCUCGCUUCUGACCCAACAUGGAGCUCAAGGUCUGGGUGGAUGGAGUCCAGAGGGUUGUCUGUGGGGUCACUGAGGCAACCACCUGCCAGGAAGUGGUGAUUGCUCUGGCCCAGGCCAUAGGUCGCACUGGGAGAUACACUCUGGUAGAAAAAUGGCGGGACACAGAGCGCCACCUCGCCCCUCAUGAGAGCCCCGUGGCUUCUCUGAACACCUGGGGCCAGUAUGCUGGUGAUGUCCAGCUGAUCCUGCAUCGCACCGGCCCUUCGCUGACCGAGCGACCCCCUUCAGAAGGCCCACCUCUCAGGGGCCCUGAACGCGGGCUGCAUCGUCAGAGCCUCCCUCCACUUGCAAAGCUACGUCAUCCAAACGAUCGCUCCCUCCGCCGCCGUGAACCACGCCGCAAGUCUCUCACGUUCACCGGUGCACCCAGAAGCCUUAGGGAGAUACUGAGCGGGGGCCACAUCGGUGAGGCCGAGGCCAAACGAAGACUUCUUCUGGGAAACGGUGGGAAUCAUCACCAUGCUGGACCAACCAUCGGGAACACGUCUCCUGGUCUGUGGGCCUGUCGCAUGGAAGAUCUGGUCAGACUGGUCGGUCUGCAGAGAGAGACUCUAAAUGUGCUGGAGAAGAAGCUGGAGGCCUACGAGGCUGAGCUUCAAGUCUGGGCUGAGGGGCGAGGGGGGCGAGGUGGAGCCUGUCCUGGGGACCCAGGUGGAGUGUUGAUAGAGGAGAUCCUGAGGCUAGAGAAGCACCUGAGAAAGAAUGAGGUGGAGAUGGAGGAGGAAGAGUUUUGGGCGACAGAGCUGCAGAUUGAGCUAGAAAGUGAGAGACAGCUGGAGGAAAGGCUGCAGGAGCUACGUGGGCGUCUGCAGGGCUGUGAACUGGAAAUUGAAGAAAAGCUGGCAAUGGUACAGGGUGUCGAGGUAGGCCUGGAAGAGGAGAAGCUGCAGAGAGAGCGGCAAGAGACCCAGUGGGUCAGCGAGGCAGAGGCUCGGGCUCAGGUCCUCCGGGUCAAAGCAGAAUUAAAGGCCCAAGAAAGACAGGCUGUCCAGCUGGAAAGCAGCUGCAGGGCUGUUGAUCGGUCAAUUGGACAGAACAGCAAGAAACUGCAGGACAUGCAGCACGAGCUGGAGCAGCUGACCAAGGAGCUGAGGCAAGUUAACCUGCAGCAGUUCAUCAAGCAGACCGGCACCAAGGUCACGGUGCUGCCGGCUGAACCCACUGAGGAUGAAAGUACCCACAGCAGUCACAGUAUAGAUUUAGUUCCCCUGACUGGCUCACUGAAGCGCCCCGUGUCAUCGCACUCCAUGUCCGGUCACCUCCGGGUCCUCCAGAGUCCCCUCAGCUCUGGCCUGAACCCAGAGGGAAUUUAUGUGUGAGGCGCUUCUGCUCAGAGGGAACACAUCUUGUUCCCCAUCAAGAGCCACUUUCACUCCAGAACUGAUUUGUAAGUGGAUAUCUUAGUACAUGAUGCCUCCGUAGCACACUACUAUGCACUGUUUUUCCAAUUCGCCGAAGGCAACCUUUAUUGUGAAGACUGCAUCUUUAUAUGGAAGUCAUGGAGCACUUGGAUGAAAGAGAAUGAAAGAUGGUUAGAAGCUGUGGUGUGAAAAAACAAUGAACAGGGCAACACAACCAUGUUACAUGGUGCAAUGUCUCUGAAAAUGUUUCUUUCUAAACAUCAGGCCUUUGUGGACUUCCUUUAUAAACAUAUCCACUUAAUGUACUUUUACUCACUUUAGUACCUGCUGAAUGAUUUGUAUUGUUUUCUCCCUAGCAUCGUGAUUGAACCUAUUGCCUUUUGAACAGUAUUCUUGAGAAUCUUGCUAUGUGAAUCUAUGAAUUGUAUCUCUGAAACCACAUGUAAUUUCUCCAGCUUAAUGACUGGUUCUUAAAUACAUGAAGGAUCCACUUGUGUCUGUAGUAAAACGGUGAAGAAUCUGUUGUUUUUUGCAAAUCAUAUCAUACGUGCUCUGUUUGCUCAAGUUAAAACUAUGCACAAAUGGUUAAUAGUUUUGUUACUGAAGAAUGUUACUGUCUGUAGAUACCAAAAUGAUGGCUUACUGUAAAUACAUUUUCUUACUUUUGAGCUUUAUUUAGUGAAUUAGUAUAUUUUAUUACAAGGCGGUGCAUUUGCAGUUACAAAAAUGCAAUCCCUCAUUCCCGUGGUAAUAUCUGCAUACUGAAAGUGUUAAUUAUCCACUUAAGCUGAUUUUUUUUUUUUGUUUAAUUACUACGCAGUAUAUUUUUACCAAAUGUAUUAUGCUUGUUUUUCUUAAGUAUCGUGUGGCCAAAGAUUAGCAGGUCUUGUUGCAUGAUUGUGUUGUCCGUAUAUGAAUGUGCAGAGCACCCACAGCCCAGUAAAAUCACUUAGUUGAAUCUAAAAACGGUGGCAUGUAAUAAUAGAAUGAAUAGUUACAGCUACAGCGUGCAUUAGAGAGUGAGUGAGACGAAAAUGACUUGUGUGUGUUUGUCUGCAUGCAUGUGUCAGGUUAGUUGAGGUAUGAGGUUUUAGAUUAACUAUGUGUUUGUGAUUACAGAAAUGUGAGUCUAUCUGUUCGUGUGUGUGUGUGUGUGUGUGUGCGUGCGUGCGUGUGCAGAGUCUGAAUAGCCAAGGUAUGAAACCCUCUUAGGCUGUAGUUCAGCUGCUAAUCACAUCAAAGUGCCUUAUAUUCAUUCCACAGUUGGUGUAUUCGAAUAAUGUACAGUGAAGCUUUAGUAGGGACAUUGAAGGAAUGAUCAUAGCCAGUUUAGAUCAAAUGUCAGUAGAUAUUAGUGCUGAACGGAGAGAAAUGGCAGUAGCCCAGCAGCAAAGAGGAAACUGCAAUUAUGUUUUUUCUAUUAGUGUUUUGUAGAAAUGUCACUGGAAAGAACAUUAUUUUUUCAUGCUUUCCACUUUGCUGCCGUAUUAUUGCCACCUCAAUACUAUGUGCUGUAAAAUGUAUUAACAUUUGAUUUCUAUCUCGUCAUGCAACACAUGUAUACUGUAGUUUCAAUCAGUACUGUCACAUAGUUAUGGUCACUGUUUACAGCUGCAUAUCUUCUAGAGAACUGUAAGAUGUCGAUUGUACAUAACCUGUUUUUGUUGUUUUUUCUUGCCUUAAUAUACUGCAAAGUGUUGACAGAUAUAUGGCUGUAACAGGCUGCUGAUAUGACAUGGAUUGCAUGGUUCAAUAAACCAUCUGACAACAUUA